AAAAAAGAAAAGAUGAAGAUGAACCCGUGAUAUAUAUGAUUCAUGCAAUCAUAAGUUGAACACAAACAGUAAACUUAACAAAACAAAGGCAAAUUGUGAAAUAACUACACAAGGAACAAAUCAGAGCUCUUUUUCAUAAUCUUGUCCCCUCCUCCUCAUAUCAUCAAUGCUUCUUCAACCACAUUCACUCUGUUUUUCAUAAUCUCCCUCUUUCUCUCUCUCUCACACACAUACGCACUCAGUGACACAUCAAUCCUCAUUAAGCCUCUGAAACAAUCACUAUUCGUUCUCUUUCCUUAAGUGUCAACUCUUAACAAAAGCUACUUGGAAGACAGAAAAAAUGCCAAAGAAGAAGAAAGGGGAAGGCAGCAACUUUGAGCUUCUUUGUUUCUUCCUGGUCUUGUGUAAUUUGGUUCAGACAGAUGCUUCUUUUGGAGUAGGAGGAGGUGUUGGAGUCGGAAUCGGCGGCGGUGGUGGUGGCGGAGGUGGUGUUUGGAUUGGCGGCGGAUACAACAACGGUGGUAACCGUAAUGCAGUUCCAGGAUCAGCUCCAAACAGUGUAGCUUAUAGUGCUCUUCAAGCUUGGAAAGCAGCAAUUACAGAGGAUCCUUCAGGUGUUCUCAAAACAUGGGUUGGAUCAGAUGUUUGUUCUUACAAAGGUGUGUUCUGUUCUGGUCAAACCAUAACCUCCAUAGAUCUUAACCAUGCAAAUCUCAGAGGCACACUUGUCAAAGACCUAGCUUUACUCUCGGACCUCAACAUCCUCCACCUCAACAGCAACAGAUUCUCAGGCCAAAUCCCAGAUUCUUUCAAAUCCUUAGUUUCACUUCAAGAACUUGAUCUAAGCAACAACUUACUCUCAGGUCCUUUCCCUUUAGUCACACUCUACAUCCCAAACCUGGUUUACCUCGAUCUCCGGUUCAACACUUUCUCCGGUUACCUCCCUGAAGAGCUUUUCAACAAACGGUUAGACGCGAUUCUCCUCAAUAACAACCAAUUCGCCGGAGAUAUCCCGAGAAACCUCGGAAAUUCUCCGGCUUCGGUGAUCAACCUCGCGAACAACAGAUUCUCCGGCGAAAUCCCGACGAGUUUUGGCCUCACGGGAUCGAGAGUGAAGGAAGUUUUGCUGUUGAAUAACCAGUUAACCGGUUGUAUACCGGAAUCUGUUGGUAUGUUCUCUGAGAUUGAAGUCUUUGACGUAAGCUUCAAUUCACUGAUGGGUCAUGUCCCAGAGACCAUCUCUUGCUUGUCGGCGAUUGAAAUUUUGAACCUUGGACACAAUAAAUUCUCCGGCGAGGUUCCUGAUUUGGUCUGUUCGCUGAGGAGUUUGAUUAACCUCACUGUUUCUUUCAAUUUCUUCUCUGGGAUUAGCUCUGAGUGUUCUUCCAGGAUUAGUUUCGGUUUCGAUUUCGUCGGUAAUUGUAUCCCGGGGAGGAACUCGCAGCGGCCGCAGCCGGAUUGUUCAGGUUAUUCCGGCGGUGCUAUGAGCUGUUUUAGGAUUCCGGCGCAGCCUUUGGCUUGUGCUGCGAUAAGUGUUGGAUUGAAAGUGGGUAACGAUCAUUACACUUCAUCUCCUCCAUGAUUAGUUUUUCUUAAAUGUAGAAGCUUUUUAAUGCUUAAAGAUUGUAAUCUUUUUUUUUUAGUGACUCAAAUUAGUUAAUUAGUAACCAGUUUAAAUGUUAAGUCAUCUUGCUA